UUAGGGUUUAUCAUCAUCCUAUAGGGAAACACAAAACAAAUCGAAUUUCAUCCCAAAGCCACUCAAUCUCAGCUUAAAAAGGGAAACCUUAAAGCUUCUCUCUCUCUCACGAACAGUCUAGUUCGUACGAUUCUCAGAAUUUUUCUGAAUCACUAUUUUCUCUUUUUCUUUUUAUUUUCUUUUAACUUACAUAACUAAUUUAAAUACCUCCUAUAUCCAACAGUUCUCUGUUUCUUGAUUUUCUCGGGAAAAUUCUGAGACUUUCUCUCAUCGGCAGAGAAAUGUCGUCUUGUCUAAGCGACGGCGGCACCGCCUAUAGCUUCGAGCUAGAAACGAUGAAAUCGCCGCCGUCGAGAACCGCCUCACACAACACUCCUUCUCCGUCGUCUACAAUCUCCGAGUCCAAUUCUCCUCCGCUCGCACUCUCCACCAGAAAGCCACGGACUCGACGGAAACGACCGAACCAGACAUACGACGAAGCGGCGGCUCUUCUCUCCACCGCCUAUCCAAACAUCUUCUCCUCCAAGAGAAGAAAAACUCCGUCUUUGAAUCCUCUGUUUCUCGGGACUAAUAAAUCUCCUCUCAGCGACUACGACGAAGCUUCCGAGCUGCUUCUUCCGUUUGAAUCAAUCGAAGAGACCGAUUUUCUCUUCAAUCCCACGAUAAGAACAGAGUCGGAUCAUUUGUUGGAGCACAAGGAGGUGAAUCUCGGAGGUGAAAUCGACGACUACGAACUGAACCGGUUCGGAGUUUUCGACCCGGGAUCGAUUCUUGAUGUGGAGAUUGAAGAAGGGAUCGAUAGUUUCAUGGGGAACAUCGAGGAAGAGAAUCUCGGAGAUGGAGAAUCUGGAUCUUCAGGAAGGAAUUGUCACAGAAUUGGUCAGAGUCCUUGGUACGGUGGCUCCAUGGGAUUCGGAUCCGCCGGAAAUUUUCGGUUAGCGCUCGGAUUGAGGAACGCUCUCCGGGAAAACGACGACUCGAGCUUGUGCAGGUUUCCCACCGUGGAAUUCGAACAGAUCUCGCCAAGGAUUCAAACCAGCACAAUCUUAGCUGAUGACGGCAAAUCCAACGCCGUUGAUAAUGGCGAGAAUAAGACAAGUGCGACGGUGGCGGGAGACUUGAAAAAGAAGAAGAAGAAAGUGGCUCUGGCGGCGGAAUUAAAGAGCUCCGAGAACCCGAAUCUGAAGCCGGAGCAGAGCCAGAGAGUGAGUCCGAUUUUGAAGCUUGAUUAUGAUAGGGUUUUAGAGGCUUGGUCGGAUAAGGAGUCGCCGUUCUCCGACGAGAUGCUGAGUUCGGACUCUGCCGGAAUUGAUCUCCAUGCAAGGUUGGCUGAGAUAGAUCUGUUCGGAGAAAGCGGAAUGAGAGAAGCUAGCGUGUUAAGGUAUAAAGAGAAACGAAGGAAUCGACUCUUCUCCAACUCCCAAAAAAUUCGUUAUCAAGUUCGCAAACUCAACGCCGAUCAACGACCCCGUAUGAAGGGACGAUUUGUGAAAAAGCCCAACGUAAGGAACUUAAGAGUCGAAAGAACUUAAGCCCUUUUAUUCUCUUCUCUUUUGCUCAUUCAUGUUCCAUUUUCGCCCUCUCCAUCUUGUUUCUUUUACUGACCCCUCUUGUUAUCUUUUUUGUCGUAAGGGAAUGGGGGAAUUUAGUUGAUUCGAGAAAGUAAAGAAUUAAAAUGAAUAAAACAAUUUUUUUUUUGGUCUUUUGUUGGAAUCCACCA